GUCAUUCUUCAUGUUUUUGAUUCUUUUCGGACAUUGCUCAAUAAAUUUGGGAUUGGAAGGGAGUAUCGCCACCGUCCAUCAUAUGACCCGGAUGCCUUUGUUUCUGUCAACCAGCUAUCUAACAUUCCGUCCGAUCCCCAAUCCGUCAGUGAGCCAACCUCGGGCCACCAUUCAACUGGCAAUCCACUUCCAUCGCAGUUGCCCCCUUGGCCAUGGAAAAAUAUGAGCAUCUGGCAUCUCAUGACAUGGAAGAUGACCAGUACUAGCGGGUUGACAUCUGAAGCCCAGGUCACCCACCUCGUUAGCGACAUAUUGAAGGCCAAGGAUUUCAGUAUUGGUGAUCUACCAGAUAAUUUAAACAUUCACACAGAAACGAUGCGCUUUGACGCCUCUGAUGGAACACUGGACCCCAACGGUAUCUUCCAAAGAGAUGGCUGGAGGGAGUCAGCUGCUGAAUUAUUAGUUCCAACCGGGGAGAAGAACGCAGAUGGAAACGGGCAAUUAUUUACUGUACCAGGUUUUCAUCACCGUCCACUUGUAGCAGUUAUUCGUGCUGCCUUCUCAGAGGCGUCAUCAUGCUGGUUUCAUUUCACUCCGUUCAAAUGCUUCUGGAAGUCACCUUUGACUGGUCAAGAGCAGCGAGUAUAUGACAAACUCUACACAUCAGAUGCCUGGAACAAAGCUCACGACGAGCUCCAGAAACAGAAGAGGGAUGGCAACUGUAAAUUGGAGUGGGUAAUCACCGGACUGAUGUUCUGGUCCGAUGCGACACAC